AUGUCCGUGUGUUUCUUUGUGCCUGCGAGUACAUCGGGCGUGGCCGAGGAAGUGGACAGUGACAUUAUAGAAGAUAACUCCCAGGUGGAAUCCCCACAGCAGAGCUUGCAGCAGUUCUGGUGUAAAGUUACUGAAGACAUCAGCAAGGUUAAUGCAGACGACUUCAAAUCCCAAGCAUUGCCUCUCGCCCGCAUAAAGAAGAUAAUGAAAUUGGAUGAAGAAGUGAAGAUGAUUUCAGCUGAGGCCCCCGUGUUGUUCGCGAAGGCCGCUGAAAUCUUCAUACAUGAGCUAACGCUUAGGGCAUGGGCACAUACUGAGGAUAAUAAAAGAAGGACUUUGCAGCGCAACGACAUAGCGAUGGCGAUAUCGAAGUGCGAUCAGUUCGACUUCCUGAUCGACAUCGUGCCUCGGCAGGAAGUCAAACCCAACAAACCUCGAUACGACCACGCGCCACGAAGCAGCCACAUCGACCAGGUGGCUCACCAUCAAGCUGCAUUACAGAACGCUGCACAGCCACAGAUCGUAUUACAGCCAUGUGCACAAGUGACACAGACAUCAACAGCCACACCGUCGACGUCAUCAAGUAACGUGGCGGUGUCUCAGCAACCAGUCACAUUAGUACAACAGGUCCUUACUCCAUCCGGAGAGCUCCAGCAGUUGCCAAUCCAGCUAACACAAGCGCAAUUGAACAUGAUCCGCCUGCAGGUGCAAAAUAACCCGAACCAGCCGAUCAUAAUACAGGCACAGUCCCAGCAGUCGCCACAGAUUAUUCAGGUAUCAUCACAAGGCCAGCCUCAACAACAGGUAUUCCUUGCUCAAGUGGCGACCUCGCAGGACGACUCCUAG